ACUGCCGACUUGCUGUAGGUCCCGCGUGAAAAUAACUAUCUUCGAAAAUGACGACCGUCUUUGCCCGAAUAGUAAAGUUUUCGAUCGCCUACCCAGUCACCAGGGGAAUGGCUUCGUAUGCAGUGAUAUGGCCAACCGGAUGUCUUAUACAGCAAAUGGCUUUUGGAGACGAACAAUUUGACCUUGCCAGAGCAGCUCGGUUUGGACUGUUUGGARCAUUUUAUGUGGCACCAACUCUAAAUGCAUGGCUAACUGUUGCACGUUAUUUAUAUCCAAAGAAUGAUCUCCGUAGCGCAAUCAUAAAAGCACUUUUGGAGCAAGUAACGUAUUCACCUUGUGCAAUGGUGAGCUUUUAUUUUGGUAUGUCUUUACUGGAGGGGAAGACGGUCGAAGAAGCAAAAAAAGAAGUAGAAAAAAAGUUUUUACCGACAUAUAAGGUGGGUGUAGCGGUUUGGCCUAUACUACAAGUUUUCAAUUAUACAAUGAUUCCAGAAAAAAAUAGGAUUCCAUUUGUUAGUCUGUGCAGUCUAGCUUGGAGCUCAUUUUUAGCUUAUAUGAAUCACUGUAGUGUAAAAAAGGAAAAUAUGUUGACCAGUAAAUAAAGAAACAGAAUCAUUCCAAAAAAAAAA